AUGGCCGGAGUUAUAACUUGCAAUCCGACCGAUCUCUCCGCUCUCCUCGGUCCCAACGCCACGGCGGCCGCUGCCUACAUCUGCGGCCAAUUAGGUACCGUAAACAACAAGUUUACCGAUGCAGCCUACGCCAUAGACAACACUUACCUCCUCUUCUCUGCAUAUCUCGUCUUCGCGAUGCAGCUGGGCUUUGCUAUGCUGUGUGCUGGCUCCGUUAGAGCCAAAAACACGAUGAACAUCAUGCUCACCAAUGUCCUUGAUGCUGCAGCUGGAGGACUCUUCUACUAUCUCUUCGGUUACGCCUUUGCUUAUGGUGAAUCCUCCAAUGGAUUUAUCGGAAGACACAACUUUGGUCUUCAAGACUUCCCAACUCUUUCUUUGGAUUAUUCCUUCUUCCUGUACCAAUGGGCAUUUGCAAUCGCAGCCGCUGGAAUUACAAGCGGUUCCAUUGCUGAGAGGACUCAGUUUGUGGCGUACUUGAUUUACUCUUCUUUUUUGACCGGGUUUGUUUACCCGGUCGUUUCCCAUUGGUUCUGGUCGCCGGAUGGAUGGGCUAGUCCUUUCCGUUUAGAAGACCGUUUGUUUGGCACCGGAGCCAUUGAUUUUGCUGGCUCUGGUGUUGUUCACAUGGUUGGUGGUAUUGCUGGAUUAUGGGGCGCCCUUAUCGAAGGUCCUCGGAUUGGCCGGUUCGAGAAAGACGGUGGUGCUAUUACUCUGCGCGGACACUCUGCCUCUCUCGUUGUCCUAGGGACCUUCCUCCUCUGGUUCGGUUGGUUUGGUUUCAACCCCGGUUCUUUCACCAAGAUCCUCGUCACAUAUGAUUCUGGUUCCAACUACGGUCAAUGGAGCGGAAUCGGCCGGACAGCGGUUACAACCAUGCUCUCUGGAUGCACCGCGGCUCUAACCACCCUCUUUGGAAAACGCCUCGUAUCAGGCCAUUGGAACGUAACUGACGUUUGCAACGGUUUACUUGGUGGGUUUGCGGCCAUAACCGCAGGUUGUUCCGUGGUGGAGCCAUGGGCAGCGAUUGUGUGCGGCUUUGUGGCUUCCCUCGUCCUUAUCGGAUGCAACAAGCUCGCCGAGCUUCUAAAAUAUGACGAUCCGCUCGAGGCUGCGCAGCUACACGGAGGGUGUGGUGCAUGGGGUUUGAUAUUCGUAGGACUGUUUGCAAAUAAGAAGUAUGUAAACGAGGUAUACGGGGCUAGCCCGGGAAGGCACUACGGGCUUUUGAUGGGCGGAGGAGGGAAACUAUUGGGAGCACAAUUGGUUCAAAUACUUGUGAUUGUAGGAUGGGUUAGUGCUACAAUGGGAACACUCUUUUUCAUCCUCAAAAAGCUUAACUUGCUUAGGAUAUCGGAGGAAGAUGAGAUGAAAGGAAUGGAUAUAGCACGUCACGGUGGUUUUGCUUAUAUCUACUAUGAUGAUCAUGAUGAUUCCAGUCAGUUUCCAAGAGUAAACCCUGGAUCUCCUAUACCUCGCUCUCCUACUUCUCCAGCCGUUUAA